AUGAUGGCGGCGCCUAACUCAUUCGUCUCGUCUGCUGGCCCGCAGCGUUUUGCAUGGCAGGGUAACCCGGCAACGUCCCAUCUUCACCCUGGUGCUGCAUCUUCCGUAGCUCAUCAGAAUGAGUUUGUACCGUCGCAGCACGUUCGCUCCCGAGGUGUAACCAACCCUUCUUCUGGCAUGUUGCCGCCAGGAAUGCCACUAGACGUUGGAGCAGGGCAAUCGUCGGCGCCGCGGCCCUAUCAUGUGGGUGAGGCCAUGGCUGGAUCUUCUGCGGUGUGGAGUUCUCCUUUUGGGAGGCCUCAGAUGGAUAUGAGAGCAGACGAUGUAACGGCAGGUCAAAUUCCAGGCGGCGCAAAUCACCAAUCAGAGCCGAUGGGGGGACCGAGGCCGGACGGGGGGGCUCCAGCUCCAGGCGCGAACUCGGACAUGCAGAAAGCCGUGAUGCAAAUGAUGUUCAAUACUGUGGCAGAUAACCUGUCGACGCAGGCUGCAUCUCAGGUGUCACAACUUCAGAAGUGGUUUCCGUCUGCCAUUGCCGUGCUGCGGCCGUAUUUCAGCGUCAGCCAGACAAGCGUCCGACAACGCCUUCUUCAGCUCCUUUUCCCAUUUCUGUCUUUGUGGCGUUCCACCCCGGCUGCGGGUGCGCGGUCACUGCCUGCAAAAGAUUUCGGGGGUGAUAGUUCUCACGCGGGUUCGAACCCACUUCCUCGGGAUCUGUAUACGCCCCUCAUGGCUUUAGUUACGUACGUCCUCCUCUACGCCUUGACGAGAGGCGCAGCGAACGACUUCCGGCCCGAGCUGUUAGGCAGCACGGCGUCCAUCGCCUUGUUGCUCCUCGCUGCAGAAGUUCUCGUUGCCAAAGUUUCCUUCUACGUCUCCGGAGCGGGGGCUGUGUCCACGCUCGAUCUGUUUUCUUUCUGCGGCUACAAGUACGUUCAUCUGGCGCUUCUCAUUGCCGUGCGUCUCUUUCUCAAUGCGCUUGCCAGUUUGGAAGGUUCUCGCGCAAGUGGCGCCGCCGUUCCGCUUUCCGCAGAGGGCGCUGCAGAAGGCUCAGUCGAGGUUAUCGAUGGCGGAGAGGACGCUGGUAUCCGCGCAGCGUCACCAGACGCUCCUGGAGGCCAGUCCGCUGUUGAGUCUCCGCAGCGAGGGGAGGCUCUGAUAAAUGGUGCGAGCAUUACGUGGAUUUUCACAGUCGCCUAUGUAUAUCUGUUUGCGUGCGCCGCGGCGGAGCUGCUGGUGCUCCUUAGAGGUGCCACGACGCGCUGCUCGCAGGAGAACGAGGCAGCUGGCUGGCAAGUCAGCCGGGAUGCUAGUCGCCUGGCGGGACCAAAGUCUGUGAUUUUUGCUUUAACACUUCUUCAGGUGCCUCUCUGCUGGCUCCUGACACCUUCCUUCGCUGCUGUGAAGGGUACUUGA